CUGGUAGCAUUCUGGGCUCAUUCAAAGAUACACAUUAAGUCCUCUGAAUGUUUCCAAAAUUUCCUUUACAUGAAGACUUGGAUCAGAGCUUACCUGAAGCACUAUUUUCUCUGUAAAGACCACAUGAGUUACUGGGGGCUGAGUUCAACCGACAUAUUUUUGAGACCUAGCUGGAUCCACAAGGUCUAAAAACCCGGUCUUCCCAAGGCUGUUAUUUACAAUACAGGAAAUUUCUUGAAGGCUUCUACAUCUUUUCUACAUUCUACCUGAGAUCAGGUUUCUCUUCCACUUUCCCGCACUUGUCGCAAUUGUGUAUCGUGUUCCUGUGGUCCUCCGGCCUGUAGGGGGCGCAGCGUCUCCGUACCGGAAAUCUCUUCCGUGGGUCGGCAGUAACAGGGAAGUGGAGAGGGAGAUGCGCAUGCAUCUUUUGGUUCUGAUUCAAUGGCGGGCAGCCGAGAGGGGACUCUGAGAGUCCUGCAGGCAGUGGACACUGAGCUUACUGUGGACUCGGUGGAAUGGUGCCCAGUAGAGGGCUGCCAGCAUCUGCUGGCCUGCGGAACCUACCAGCUGCGAGCACCCAAGGACCAGCCUACACUGGAUGGCAGUGAGCCUCAAGUUCGUUUAGGUCGUCUCUACCUGUUCAGCUUCAGUGAGGACAACACGGCUAAACCUCUUCUUGAGGUCCAAAGAAGGGAUUCUUCUGCUGUCCUGGACAUGAAAUGGUGCCAUAUCCCAGUGUCUGGCCAUGUGCUUUUAGGCUUGGCAAAUGCCAGUGGAUCUGUAGAGCUGCUAUUCCUGAUGGGAUGUGAGAAGAAGAACAGUUAUACCCUACAGCCAAUAUCCAGCCUCACCCUGGGUGACAACUGUCUGUCCUUGUCACUGGAUUGGUCCACUGGGAAAUCUGUAAGGGCCAGAGAGCAGCCUGUGAAGAUCAUUAGCAGUGAUUCUAAGGGGCGGUUGCACCUCCUGAUGGUGAAUGAGGGCACAGCUGAACUGCAGCUAGUGGCGUCCUGGCCAGCUCAUCACUUUGAGGCUUGGAUUGCUGCUUUCAAUUACUGGCAGACAGAGCUCGUGUAUUCAGGAGGAGAUGACUGCCUUCUGAGAGGCUGGGACACUAGGAUACUGGGCACACCGGUCUUCACUAGCAAAAGACACUCCAUGGGUGUGUGCAGCAUCCAGAGCAGUCCACACCAGGAACAUCUACUGGCUACGGGCAGCUAUGAUGAGCACGUUCUGCUGUGGGACACUCGGAAUGUAAGACAGCCGUUGGCAGAUGUAGCAGUGCAAGGAGGCGUGUGGAGGCUCAGGUGGCACCCGGUUCACCACCAUCUACUCCUGGCAGCCUGCAUGCACAGUGGCUUCAAGAUCCUCAACUGCCAGAAGGCCGUUGAGGAGAAGCAGGACAUAACUGUUUUAACAUCUCACAAAACGCCUAACUCAUUAGUAUAUGGGGCUGACUGGUCCUGGCUUUUCCACUCCUCGAAGCCCACACCUACCUGGUCCUUUGAUCAGAGUGACAUGGGAGGCAAAGCAGCAGACCACUGUAGCCUAAAGGUUGCAGAGGCGCCACCAGCACAUCCUCAUGAACAAAUCAUGGAUCACCAAGUGGAAGGUCCUGCUAGCGCUCACACUAGAGCUGAACUGAAGACCUCUCUCCUUCCAUUAACAGAGGACAUAAAAAACAACAGCAAAGGGUACUCAUCUCCAGUCAGGACCCACGAUCUCAGCCACUGCUCUAGUGGGCAGCACUUUGACAGUAGCCUCCUGGCCACCUGCUCCUUUUACGACCAUGUUCUCCACCUUUGGAAGUGGGAGACAAAUCAAGCUUGCACUCCUUGCAGCGAUACUGGGUGUGAUUUGGGGAGUGCUGGCCAUUGAGAAGGGACUCUUGUGAUUCUGUUUUGGCAGCGAAUGGGAUUCCGAGCUGGACAACUAAGUGUCUUGGGUUUCAGCUCUUCAUUUGUAUUAAUUCCCUAUCUAUAUUAAUUAAAUAACUUUAAGAAUUUGUCA